UUUAAAUUUUGAUUUUAGACUGAUAUAUACAGUUGAUUUUCGCACAAGUAGUGCUGUGUUUGGUGACUGUAUAAGAUACGCGAUACCGCUUUCCAGGGAACUCGGCGAUCGCGCGGACAGGAAUUGACACGAAGGAAUUAUAAGAUUACAGUCAGAGGAUUACAGAAAUUUGUUGCAAAUUUCUUUGAAAUUUGUUUGAAACUUUUCUUUUGCUAUCCCAGAAGCACUGACAACAGACAUAAUUAUAGUACUUGGCACAAGUUCUUACGAUUACUAUUAAAAAUCGUGGGUAUACAGCCUGUUUACAGGAAUUUCUGAGGUAUGUAAGCCGUGACUUCACUGAUCCGCAUGCCUCUUCGUACAUCACAUUUCCAAACUGACUUCAAUGACUUCCAAACAGCAGAAAAUGUCCUCGCUCAAGCAGAAAUGGAAGGGCUUCCUCCAGAAGCAUUCAAGGUUUUCCAGGACAUGGUGGAGGAAAUAGGUUUUGAAAGAAGAGACGUGGCAGCAAAAAAGGAAGAUAAACAAUACGUACUACAGGGUCAGCUUCUUGUUCUGGGAGAUCCUAGAAAUGGAAAAACAAGUCUUGUUAAGGCAAUGACUGGAGAGGAGUUCGAUCCAGAGGAAAACCAAACCAGUGGUGUAGAAUUCAAGUUUGUGGACCGGAUAUGGGAGACUUUGGAUCUUCAGAAUCUGAAAUUUGGAGACUUUAAUAAGUAUUCUAAGAAAAUCGUCUGCAAAAUCAAACUUUUUCCAAGAAUUUUUAAUGAGGAUUCAGACGAGGAUAGCUCUGUUGAUGCACCUUUUUGGUUAUUUAUGGGUCUUAUACUUUUAGUUCUUGUCUUACCUAUUCUUUUAGGAGCUGUUGUAGGGGAGAGCAAUGCAAGAUGGCUGAUAUAUUUUAUCGCUAUGACUUGUCUUUCGUUUCUAUUCUGCAUAGGGAAAGGCACUGUCACUAUAUUACUUAUGUUAUAUUUCCAAACUCUUGCAAUGUAUGUUGUAUGCAAGCUUUUUGGAUGCUCUGACGAACCAGUCGCAAUGCGUUUAAGUUCAUAUCUCAAUCAUCUCGUAACAGCGGACAUAAUUCCUCUCCAUGUCAUGAAUCCUAUGAUCUUUUUCGUUUUGGAGUGGUUUUCCCUAGUUUGCAUUGGACCGAUWUUCUGUUUACUGCAAAAUUUGUUGUUCAAGCUUCCUAUGUCAGGAACAUUGUUGCUUAACUUUGUAUUCAGAUACCGAGAAGAGGUUUUACAACCAGUCGUACUAUUUUUMAACUACUUAAUUUUCUUUGCUCCAAUUGGGCUAUCUUGCUACCGAUCUUCCACUGUAUUCCCAUUUGAAUGCAUAGUCACCUUCCUGAUGCACAUCGCCUUAUUGCACCACCAAAAUAUACUUAAAAAGACGUGCACAUUGACCGUGCUUUUCCUGGAACUUAUCAUCUUCAUACCACUGUGUUUCACGGAGCUUGGCARUAGAAAUGUACUCAUUAAUAUAAUAUCCAAUAUUAUUAUGUUAAGUCUAGGAGUUGGUCUUCAUGUCCAUGGAAAAUGGCUGGAAUUCAAAGAUGACUUUAAUGGCAAAUCUUUUACACAAGUUGUCUUAUACAAAGAUUUUCUUCUCCACGUUGUUCAAGUCACGAAGGCUCUUAUCGACAUGAAAARGCUGAAAAAUGCCCUCAAUGAAAAGUUCCAUUCAUUGAAGUUGAAAAUACUGGACUUUGCAGGAGAUGAGGAUUACUAUGCUUACCACCAGAUCUUUCUAAACAGCAAUGCUCUUUAUGCUGUUGUAUUUGACAUCCAAGAAUGCAUUAAGGACAAUUUCAAGGACAUUGAGUCCAGAGUAAAGAGACUUCGUUUCUGGUUGGAGUCAAUCCACAGCCAUGUACCUCAGGGCACACCUAUCUUCCUGGUUGGUACUCACAGAGCAAACAUAAAAAUGGACACUCUGAAAGUAAUCAACAGUCAUAUUCGUAAAGCAGUAUGGCACACGCCCUUCAAUGAAAGCAUCAUUGUUAACAAUGAAGAUGGUUUAUUGUUCUUUCAUGUCGAGAAUUCAAGAGGUUUAUCAGACAAUGGUAUUCUAACACUCCGCGAAAAGAUCAGGUCUGUGGCUGAAGAUGAGUUUAAGGGUGUUAUUGGCCAGGAAAUACCACUCUCGUGGAUCAAAAUCCAGGAUGCUAUCAUCCGUUACUUAGAAACAAAAGAAGGGCCAGUUUGUCUCACCGUAGAUGAUUUCAAGAAACAUUUUGAGCACUUAUACAUAGAAUGGAAUGUUGAAAUGCUGAAGUACUUCCACAAAAAGGGUUUUAUAAUCUAUCUAGACAAGGACCCAAGACUUUCUAACUGGGUUCUGUUAAAACCCGAUGUGCUAGUACAAGCAGUAGUUUUGCUGAUCAAUCCACCUGACGAACUAGCCARCGAAAGAGGAAAAAGAGGACACUGGCAGCUUCUGAAAAAACGAGGAACAAUAACCAAAACUUUAAUGAGAAGCGUCUUAUCUCACGUAGGGGACAACGAAGAGUCCUCUCUUACGACAUUUUUGGAGGAAUAUGAUCUACUUUGUCCCCUUAGACACCCAUCUGAUGACAUGCAGAACAUUCAGCCCAUCAAGCAGACUACACAUUUUGUACCAUCACUCCUGCCAAUGCCAUCAGAUUUACAAAAUGUCUGGGUGUCUUCGGAAAAGGAUAAGAAAUUUUACAUCUUUUUUAACCAUUUUCUUCCAGAAGCUUUGUUCUACCGCAUUCUCUCUCGUGCAAGUAAGCUGACUCUUAAUGUGGAUCCUGACAAUAAACUUGUGAUCUAUCGCGACAAGGGAUUGUUCUGGCUCUCUCCUGAUCAGCCUUAUUGCCUGCGACUACUACAAGAUGAGGGCCAAAUUGAAGUAACUUUCAGUCCCAAAGAUACUGACCAGCAGAAGCCAUAUGAUAUCCUUGUCUUAAUUGCAGUCAGCAUUGUCGAGAGCAUUUGUAAACGGGAUUUUCAAAACCUUUCAAAGUCUUUCCAUUGUGGACCCGAGUGCACUUCUCCUAAGUGUCCUGGUUUCCUUGACGACAGCCUGUCUCACUUUGCUGGUCAGCGUCGACGUCACGUGAUCGAUGUGUAUCCAACGCAAAACUCCAGGCCUUUCAAGUGCCUUAAUUUUUGUCCCGAGGAUGAGGCACAUUACUGGUUGCCGUCGGGUUAGUGAUUGGACUCGUGUUACCGAUCGAAAAGACCAUGUCAAAGUUUCUAAAACCUCGAACCUCAUAGAUAACCAAAGUACUACUUAGAAACUUGUAAUGUUUUCAUAAUUGGGGCAAGGUCGCAACUCUUAGAAGAUCUAACCCAAUAGGCCUUUUGCAACAACAGGUCACGUGACCCCCCGUAAAAAAGRGAAUUGAAGUUGUGAGCUUGCCAUCCAGCACAUUUUCGCAUACAAAUCCUUAUAAAAUAUGCGAUUUUAUAUUCAAUGCCAUUUCUCCUAUAGUUAACAUUAUAGUAUGCUAAAACUUUGCCUUUCUUACUAAUAUCGAGGUGCUCUUUCCAUUUCUGGUGUUCAAUUUGACACGUCUCUUUUUACGGGGGAUAGAGUCACGUGACCUGUUGUUGCAAAAGGCCUAUUGGAUGAAUACAAUAGAACGCGAAACAACGCAAACAAAACAAUAGAACGAGUCGACGAUGAAAACUAUUGUUUGUUUUGGCCAAUCUCGACAACUCUUCUUAGCGGGUUACUGAUAUAGUUUGGGGGAUGCUUCACAGGAAGCCCAGGCUCUGUAAAUUAUAGCCGUUACAAAGCACUGUAUGUGAGAAUAUUCAACUACAUGCCCAUUACGUGGAAAAUUGUGAAUCAAAAGCCUCAAAACCUAACUGAACUGAAUGCGGAUUGUGCUGUCUUUUUACGUUGGUAACGGUUUCUUUUGAAGUGAUGCACCCCAUUUUAGGUAAGGCAUGAGCUUCCGAGCAAGCAAAUAAAAGUAAAACUCAUUUAAGGCAGCCAGUAUCUAGUCAAUAUCACAUUUGCCAGCAAAUACUUAACAACAUUCAAAUUUUCCCAGCUAGCAAACAACUGCAUGUUGCAGUUAUACACCUAUUUGAAAAAAUGUUCUCGGUUGGAGCUUCGAUAUCUGAAAGCUGAGACCGAGUAGCAUGCUUCAAAGAACUUGAUAUAUUCACAGCCGAAUAACGUAGUUUCCUUUAGAUUGGUAUAUGAGGCAUGUCCUUUGAGUUACAAAACAUAAAAACACAAAAAUUCUUUUUAGACUCAGAUCCCCCAUUUCAGAUCACUUGGACCGAUGUUUUUUUAAAUAGGUGUGUACGGGAAAAGGAGUUGAUAGAAAACUGGAGGUGCGCACUUUCCCCCUUACCUCCAUAGAUGCUUUGUCGUAAGAGCUGAAAUUGGCCAUCAAAUGCGUUAUUCCAUAAUGAAACAUUUAGCUGAAAUAAUGUUGCAAGGCAAGUUUACAUACACAGUGAAAAUCCUKUGAAAGAUUUCCAGUGACAUGCUUUAUGAAUUAUGCACAUGUAGAAAGUAGCUUUACUUCUUCACCUAAACUUUAUAUUCUUACCAAGAAAGUUUCAUUAGGCUAGAAUAAUAUGGUACACCUGUGAAACUCUUAGCUACUGAAACUUGUCUCGCAAUGUUGCUGCACGCAGCCACUUGUUUCCACCUAAACUCGAUCAAUUGCUUGUUGAUUUGAGUUUUAAAUAGCUAGGAAAGGCUGAAGAUCAUAGUUCAAAUGACGUAGUUUUUUUAAUCUUGCGUUAACUAGUGAAAUUUUGCCACUGACUUCAUUUACAUUUGUUCCAGUUAGGGGAACAAACCAAUUAUAAAUGGGAAUUCCUUUACCUUGGGUAUGUUUUCCCAUUUCAUAUCACGUCAUUCUCUUGAAAAUAAGACUCUUUGUUUGAGUUGCAAAUAUUUAUGUGUCUUCUCGUGUGCAAAAGUCAAACAAAGAAAUGAUACUCUAGUGGUCUGAAAUGGGAAAACAUUACACCCAAGGUAAAGAAGUAUUUUUUAUUGUGAUUUUCCAUGGUGAGAAAUGAUAACAUGACCUAAUAGGCAACAUUCACCUCCUAGUAAGUACCUCUUUUGCAUGUUAUGUUAUCGCGGCCAUAUUGGUGGUAUUAAACAAAAGACUUCUAAUUAGCAUUUUCGUUAAUGCCACAAAAAUGGUUGCCAAGUAUUCUUCAUUUAAUUCUCUUUGGAAUACAUGCUUGCAAACCAUCACGUAAGGUAUUGAUAGAGCUACAUGCAUAAGCAAUAUAUUAAGUAACAGUUAAAAAAUGUCACUCAGGAAUAAUAUUAGAAUGUGACAAUUGUGCUUCACCGAAUAGGAAAUAUUUCUUAGAGUAAUUUAUAAAUUGUUUAUCUUAUAUUUUUUUAAUAUAUAGCUUUAAUAUUGACAAGGUUCAACACCCAAUACGCUCGCUGGACAAGUCACGCGACACAAAAAACACAAAGAUAUAUAUGGGUAUUAUGGACUUUUAUGGCAAGUAUUGAGGGGCAAAAUGAACCACGUGACUAAGUUCGUCUAGGUCAGCAGUACAGUGAUGCCUUUGUAACCCUUUAUUAAACGGACACUAUUUAGUAAAAUCAUGACCAAACUUUUUUUCCCAUAUGCAGGCAACACCCCUAUUAAGCACCAUGCAAAGUCACUAAGGUACAUGUCUGCUUAAUAAAGGGAACAAACACUGUACAUGUUAGAUUUAGUUCAACUGCGGGGAGUAAAUAAAUUACAUGGUUUCAAUAAAUAAUAUUUCUAGUAAGUAUAAAA